UUAACAAUAAGUGUGUACACUCUAACCUAACCUUAGUGCAACGGGUCUGUUACUGUACAGUAUGUAAUCCGUACAGGGGAAAGGCCUGACCACUUGCAGACUACCAGACCACCAAAGCUUCAGCGAGAACUAAAUGGACGUGCUUGAAGACCAUGGUAAGAUGUAUCGACAAUCGUUCCUCCAAAUUCAACGUAUACUUUGUAUAUUACACAGGAACUGGGUACAACUAUGGUCACGCCUGUUUUGCUCGUCAUCCGAGGUUUAUUAGGUGCUCACAGAGUCAAUUCGAGAAGCGCGUGACCGAGUGACAUCCAUUUGCACUUUGCCGGGACGACCAACGACGUCACUCCACUAAUCGCCAGUCCUAAGCUUCAAUUUUGCGAGCCUCCAUUCAGAAGCAGUUCUUGCCUUCAGCAAUCCAAGUAGCUAGCCUCUAAACGUAAAUUCAGCACCGCACACCUACCAUGGCAGCUACGCCCCCAACAACACCAGAACCACCCAAAGAGGCCCAGUUCGUCCUCACGGGAUGGGGCACCAGCUCCAUGGCUCCUGCAGGACUCGCCACCUUGAUUACCGCCCUCCACUUUCGCCCAUUUCAGACCCGCCCCAUGAUAUUCGUGCCCAUCUUGCUCUUCUCAAGUUAUAUCAAUCUCCAGGGCUUCAAGAAGGAUGCCGCCGGCAUCUCAGCUGCCGCAAGCGGUACCUAUGCCCUGCUAGCACUUCGCAGGAGCCCAGGCGCCCUGCUCAGGAAGUUCGGCGUGCGUGGUGCUGUUAGAGGAGCCGCCGUAGGUUUGGGUGUCAUGAAUGCCCUGGCUGGCGGCUGGGUCUAUGCUACGAGGUCGAGAGAUCUGGAAAAGAAAGAACGGGACGAGAACCCCCGCUGGGUGUAGAAACAAGAGAGAAAAAGGCUGGUAUAGACACUGUCACAAUAUUGCAUCACAUCAGUGGAAGAAUCAAUGGACGACAUGAGCAUCGAAUUGGCCCUCGACGGGUCCCAUGGUUUCUUAUUUCGGCUCAAUAUAGCAGACACGCCACAAGACAGUUCCUGCUCUAGAAAGAAUAUAUUAAUCUGAGGCUU